ACUGGAGAGCAGGACCCGGUCCAACCCACUGCACCACCUAUACUAUAUUCUACUAUAAUUUGCCUGUACUGUGCCGAAGCCGCUGUUAAAUGCAGCAGCAUGGAUUAUUUAUAAUUCCUGAAGUUACUAUGCGUUCUUGCAUCGCGGCGCUGUCUCAUUUCUCUUCGCAGUGUACUGUACUGUACUGUACUGCACUGUACUCGACUCCGCGAGCUCUGUGAGCUCCCAGCUGCGCAGGACAGUGCAGCACCCGGGGAACCGCCUCCUGCCCGCAGCCCGUGCAGUUGCUGCGCUGCUGUGAUGGGAGCGGGAGCCAUCUUGUUUUCUUUGGAAAUGCCCCUGGAAUAGAGCGCAACUGAGAGGCGCGCUUGGUCCUUCUGCGUAUUUCAGUGUGUAGUCGGACGCGUGUCUCCUGGAGACGCCCUCGCGGUUAUACACAUUUAUUUCGCUCGUAGGACUGCUAUGAUGAAUGGAGGAUAAAUGACAUGUUGCCGAAGCCCGACAGCAGCACGUUCGCCCUUCUCUCUCUGCUCUUCGCCCUCACUUUGACGGACCCGCCGCGGGCAGGUCCACGGCUAGCUCUGGCACGUUUAAUGUCAGAGCUGCGCUGCGGCCCGGAGCAGUUCCCAUGUCGCAGCGGGAAGUUGCAGUGCAUCCCCCUGUCCUGGCAGUGUGACGGCUGGACUGCCUGUGAGGACAAGAGCGAUGAGCUGGACUGCCCCCCCAUACAGGAGGAAAGGUUUCGCUAUGGCAAUGGCUUUGACCCGGUGGAGGAUGUCAUGGGAGUGGCCCAGCCUGUACGCUUCAACAAGAAAUGCCCGACUGGUUGGCACCACUAUGAGAAGACGGCCAGUUGCUACAAGGUCUACCUGAGUAACGAGAACUACUGGCAGGCUGUGGAAACUUGCCAGAAAGUAAACGGCUCACUGGCCACCUUUGGCACCAAUGAGGAGCUGCAGUUCAUUCUCAAGAUUGAGGUGGACUUUGAUGAGAAGGUGUGCGAGCGCAAGGAUCAGUGCAAGUUCUGGGUGGGUUACCAAUAUGUCAUCACCAACCAGAACCAUUCCCUGGAGGGCCGUUGGGAGGUGGCGUAUAAAGGAUCCAUGCAAGUGUUCCUGCCCCCCGAGGGCCUGACAAGCUUAGGUGAGAGUCUUCCCAGCCAGGACAGUGUCUUCUGUGCCCAGCUGCAGCGCUUUCAGAUCAGGAGUAUGAAUGAGCGAGGCCUCCACAGCUGGCAUGCUGAGAACUGCUACAAGAAGUUUCCUUUCCUGUGCAAGCGCAGGCAGACAUGUGUGGACAUCAAGGACAAUGUGGUGAGCGAGGGGUACUACUUCACCCCGAAGGGGGACGACCCCUGCCUGAGCUGUACGUGUCACAAUGGUGAGCCAGAGAUGUGCGUGGCAGCACUGUGCGAGAGGCCCCAAGGCUGCCAGCACUUCCGCAAAGACCCCCGUGAGUGCUGCAAGUUCACCUGCUUGGACCCAGAUGGCAGCAGUCUCUUCGACUCCAUGGCCAGUGGCAUGCGUCUCAUUGUUAGCUGCAUCUCAUCUUUCCUCAUCCUCUCGCUGCUGCUCUUCAUGGUGCACCGACUUCGGCAGCGGCGACGGCAACGCAUUGAGACGCUCAUUGGAGGCAACCUGCACCAUUUCAACCUGGGCCACAGGGUGCCCGGUUUUGAGUACGGCCCUGACGCCUUUGGCACCGGCCUCACCCCCUUGCACCUGUCUGACGAUGGAGAGGGGGGCGCCUUCCAUUUUCAGGAGCCCCCACCGCCCUACGCAGCAUACAAAUACCCUGACAUGCAGCACCCGGACGAUCCCCCACCAUCCUAUGAGGACUCCAUCAAUCCAGAGAGCAUCCUUUACGUUGAUCUGGGGAGGAGUGUUGCUGAGUCACCCAGCAUUGAUGGGCCGAACACUGAAGAUGCAGAUGCUCGAUUGGGUGGCCCAGUGGAGGGCUUGCACUCACAACCCCCCCGGGGCACCCGUGAGGACUCUGUUGACAGCAGCACUCUCCUGGUGGGUCCUGACACGCCCAGUGAUGACGCCUCACCCAGCAGUCCCUCCCUCAGCACUGCUGUGUAGAGAAGCUAAGCAGCUAAGAGAAGGGAAGAGAGUGAUGGAGAGAGGCGCCAUGCUGUGUCACACAGGAGCUGGAAAAGGGGGGAGGAAGGCAUGCUCAUGCCAGACGAGAGAGGAAACAAACACUUGACCUUUAAAAGAGGCUCUUUGAGGAAGAAGCUAACAAACCCCUUUUGUUUUGUCGCCCUCACCCUGAGAACCAUUGUCCUUGUGUUCUCGACAAAACUCAUCCAUUUGCUCCAGCGUGAACAAAAGCCAGCGCAAAGCAGGAAGUGGUCGGAAAAUACCAUGUGAGAAAACAUUUUAUUGGAAAGGUGCCCUUUGUCAGCCAGUGUCUGCAUCACAGUUGAAGUCCUCAAAAUACACUGGAGAGUGAUGUCGUCCUUGGCUGGCGGGCAGGAGAGAGCUUAAGACCCACAUGACGUCACUCUUCGCUCUUCAAAUCCCUUCCACAGGCAGGUGGCAUUUUCACAAAAGGCUGUGUGCAAUAUCUCUGUCAAGUGAACUCAGGAGCAGUUGGGCAAGCUGACGUUUGCAAGUGCAUUUUGCAUCCUCAAGAAAGGCGCCAAACAACCUGUUGGCAUCUGCUGAAAACACGACAUGUGAAAGUGUGUCUGUCAAGAGACUUGACGGUCCUGACUGAGUAUGAACAGACGGAGACACAGUCACACGCUACAGUGAGACUUAGUGAACAGAGGUACAGUUACCCUUGGCUCAGUUCUGCCAUAAUACUGGUGAAAUGGUUGCGCGUUGUGAGCAAGAUGUAAGAGCACUGGUUAGCAGUAUUUUGCUCUCUCCAGAUAGACAAAAUGUGGAAUUUUUAUUCCUCUUUGCUAUGAGGUGUUAAAACGUAAGUUACAGCUGGAACAGUUGAUGUGGAUUCCAACAUUGCCAUUUUUCUGGUGGCAGUAGUGAGAAAGCGGGGACAGAUCACAUUUUUCUUUUUCUUUAGUUUUAGGUUACUUGUUGUAGUUGUUACUGAUGUAUGAAUUACCUUUAUCUUACAAAAGGAUUGGAGAACAAUGGAAUAACAUCACAUCUCCAAACACUUUUCUAUCCUCUGUGUAAUAAACAUUUUUUCAGUUGUAUGUGUCUCAACUAAUGGACUUUCUUUAUAAAACUCUUUCAACAAAACAAGUCUUUACCGGUCCAGUCUGUUGCUUAAUAAUGUGGAAGAACCGAGACACUUUACACUAUGCUUUUAUGAAAUUCUGAAGUAUCUAAACUUUUUUUUUUUUUUUAUGAAAAGAGAAAAAUACAUGAAUGUAGGGAUGAGAGGAACUUUAAUAGUUUGUUUUUUAGUGAUGGUUCUGUAUCACAUUUCAUUUGGAUUAAACAAUGGGCCAUAUGGCAGUGGCUAAAAAUGGGUUUGCCAAAGCAGUAUUUAAAUCAUUAAUUUUUGGACUGGAGUGAUUAGACUGGAAAGGUAAACUGAAAUACUAGACUCGUACUUUGGCCUCAUAGUUUCACGCAGUUAUGGCUGGACUGCGUGUCAAAUCAUGGUAGACUGACAUUCAGUCCAUCUGGUGUCCAGGAACAUGAAAGUUUGCCGUAACGGUUUGUUCCGGUAAUUUACAUUAUUUUAAUACCAUUGCAAAUGUGACAAUCUUAGAGAUCCAUUUAGUUCAGUAGCGUUAGGAACAGUUUUACCAACCUUCAGGCUCCUGAUAUCUGCUGGGAAUGUUUUGCUCAAUAAACCCUGUGGCUCUGGGUUUUUUUCCCCAGCCUUUGUCUGAGCUGUGCUUAUUUAGCUGGAGGUUCCAGAGGUCACCCAGAAGGUGGAAAGACAUUGUGCUCCGAAAAAUGGCAGUCCAUCCAUUGCCGUCAGGGUCUCGGCAGAAACUAUCAGCAUGGAUUUUUUUUUUUCUCCUUAUCUUUAGUUUUUGACAAUCUUCUUUAGAACAUUGGAAAUUCAAAUUUAUUUAGAACAUUGACCUUGUAUACCCCAGUACACACAAUCCAAGAGCACAGCUAAUAGUGACCCUUGUAUAAAACACACAACACAAGGUAUGAUGGCAGUGACUCUACUACAGAACGAUACUGUGUGGAGCACUUUGGGGUCCUACGGGGUGCCGCUUGUUGGUCUCUCUCGUGCGCAUGCUUGGGUAAGCGGUCGCAAUCUGUGGCUCAAAUGUCUUUCCAUGUUUGCUUAAACGAUGUGCAUGUUUCACUAUUUGGCCAUGUAGAGACAGUACUGGUACCCAAGUUGGGAUAAACAAAAAAGGACACUUUGUUCGCAGGAUAAGGCACCAAGGUGUUUGCUUUUUGGUUCUUUAGUAGGUUUUCAAUGACUUCAUUCCAAUCCUGUAAUGAGAACUUUUUCAACUGGCAUAAACUGUGAUGGUACCAAGGAUUUUCAAACCAAGGGCUUGUGUAGAAUGGAACAUUUGACAUGAUUUGUUUCUGAAUCUGUUUUAUGUAUUUUUGUAUUAAUCUCUAAUUGUCCCCCUCAUUGGACCAUGUUUUUUUUCUUCUGACGUAGCUGUAUAUGUAAUCAAAUGCCAAAUAAACUGUACCGAGAAAACUGAGUUGCUUUUCC